GUUGGUAGGCCAUGUGGCGGGAUAUUUAAAGACUCGUGCGCAUACCAGCAGUUUUAACUGCCCCAUCUUCGCCACAGUCUCUUGUGAUCUGUAACCAGAAGCAAUGAAUCAUGCGAAGAACAUAAAAGAAAUGCUGAGCAUCCCAGCUGUUAGCAGAAAUGUGGCUACCAGCAGCUACUCCGGUUUCACAGACUCUCAAUUAUUUUUCGGGUCUCAGUUUUGGCUUGAAAAUUCUCAGGGCAUGUCUCAAGAUAUGAGUGUGUCAUCCAGGAACUCCCAACAUAGUUCACAAGAGGCAAGUGACCCAAAGUUUGUAAGCAGUUAUCACACUAAACCUCUCCUGUUUGGAAACUUGAAGGACAAAGCCAGAGCUUUUGGGAUACUUGAUAAAUUUGAAGAGGACAGGAAAAAGGCAAAAGAAAAAACUGACAGUUACACCUUUUGCUUUAACAGUGAUCUUUUAGCCAAAGAAUAUCAGCAUAUCAGAAAUUCUCUCAAUGAUAUCCAACAACUGCUUGCUGGCAGUGAGAAAAAUAUGAUUGUGUGCCAAACAGUCGCUGAGAAAUUUGACAUUUUUGCAUCAACAUUGCAAAAUAAUUUGAACAGUCUUCAGAGUGACAUGUCCCAGCAGUUCGAGACUUUGCUGAGUAAAAUUAACUCUCAGAAAGAGGUGUUGACAGAGCUGGAGAAGAGGGUGCAAAAGAGUGGUGAUGGUACAGCAGAACUUGGUUCAAACCUGCAAAGCUUAAAGAAUAGUCUGAGAGAGGAGCAGGAGAGGGAAAGAAACCUGCUUCAAGAGGCCAUAAAGAUGCUCAGCACUCUUGUCUCAGUGCCUUCAAUCAAACCCAGUCCUGAGAGAGUAAUGGAUAGUGCCAUCCAGACAUCACCAGAGCUGGAACAAUCACUCUCCAACAUCGUGCCUGAUAAUAAGCUUAAAGAUGCACAGUCUGUAUCUCCAUCAUACAGCCUUGUACAUGUUCAGGGUGAAGCUCAUCCUCAAGCUUCCAGACGCAUUGUAGGAAAGAGGAAGUUCACUCAGAGAGGCCAUAGGAGGGGCAAAAACAGACCACUGGUGCCCUCACAGAAAAGAAGGCACACUGUUUCAGAUGAAAACUGUCAACCUUGCAUGAACUGUGACAAAAAGCAGAAAGUUUCAAAACCUAUUCAUGAGCACAAGGUAGUCAGCUGUGGCAGUCUCAACCCAGACUGUGUGAUUCCACUGAAAAGGGAGACAAGGUCCAAUGAAACUGCGGGGUGUGUCAUCACCCCUCACGGCUGCUGGUCUCAGGACAGCAACAGCUCGGAUUGCCUUGAAGAAAUCAAACCCAUCUCAGCGGAGUCCAAGAUGAAGACCCCGGUGAAACCCGGUGGCCUCUGGCAGUUGUUUGACAUAAAGUGCAAUUCUGAUUUAGGCCUUUUAGAAGAUGAGUAAAGUACUCAGUGAAUUUGUUUUUUUACAUUUUGUGUAUUGAGGCAAACCCCAAAAUGUUUAAUUAUUAUAUUUAUAAUUAUUUGUGGACUAUAGUCUCUUAAUUGUUGUUGUUCACUUUGUUGACAGAAGAACUCACUGAUAAUCUCAUUUUUUUUAUCUGCAUGGGUGUAAAAAGGUACUAAUGACAAGUAAGUUAAGUUAGAGUAUUACACAUUAAAAGUUUUAAAUAUUUUUUUUUAUAGUUUUUAUUCUGCUGUUAUAAAAGGCAUUGUGACCGUUAAGCAUCUCUGCUGACUUUAAAAUUAACCUACUCAGUAUUAAUGCUGCUGACCCAUAUUGGAAAUAAACUGAAAGGCUUUGCAACCAAA